UAACACGGGUAGACUGGAGUCCCCUGUCCAGCUCCAAUAGAGCACGCAGAGCGGCUCCUCUUGUUCAAGCAACACCACCAUCAUCUCCUCCUCCUCCUUCAUUGAUUCACAGACUUCAAAUUCCCUCACAAGCAGCCUGUCAGCUUCCACAGUGAUCAGAUUAAUAACAAGAGGCUGCGAGCGCUCAGAGAGGAGACAACCGGCGCCGCGCGUCCUCCGCGGGAUACUUUGGAUAGCUACAGCUCCGGGAUCCAUCCUGCGCCUGCCUCCUGCUUCACCUCGCCCGAGCAGCACCUGUGCGUUUCUCCGUGUGUCUACCUGGAUACCUGCGCGCUGUCCUCUGUAAAUGUCGGACUGAACAUAACUGCUAUGACAGGGAAACUAGCGGACAAGAUCCCUCUUACCAUGAGCAGUUUAAUAAACACGAUCCCCGACAGUCUCUACCCGGAGGAGGACAUCCCCACCUCUAUGAAUAUUUUCACCAGCACGGAGUCUAUAAACCACUAUUCACAGAUGAACACAGAUAAUAUCAUGGAUCUAGGCAUGGGAAGCGAGAAGACAAGCUCAGACAUACAGUAUGGAUCCAGCUUCCAGUCCAACCGCAGUGGGCAGACUGUCACGUAUCUGGGGAAGUUCGCCUUUGACACUCCUCCUUCAGGUGGCAUCGGUGGCUCUGGCUGGUGCCCCGACAACAAUAUCAUAAGCCUCGUCAGUGCGGGCAUUUUGGGUGUCUCUCCAUCACCCGGCACGGUAACGACGCAGACCCCGUCCUCUGCAGCAAACAUGGGUGGACAAUCGUCAGACAUGGAGCAGGUAUAUGGUCCUCCGCUGCCUGCCUAUUCCACGUGCAGUGACCUGUACCAGGAUCAGGUCUCCUUCCACCACAGCCCCGCCACCAGCACGGCUCUCGCCUAUCCUGGAAAUGAAUAUCACUCAACGUCCAAAGCCCCCAUGGAUGGCAGCCUUUUUUCCAUGAUCCCUGACUACAACCUUUUUCAUCAUCAGGGAGAGGUUGGUGUCAUGGAGCACAAACCCUUCCAGACCAUGGACCCUAUCAGAGUCAACCCUCCGCCAAUCACACCGCUGGAGACCAUCAGAGCAUUCAAAGACAAGCAACAAAUCCACCCGGGUUUCAUUGGCGGUCAGCAGCACCCACCUCAGCACCAUCCGCCGCCUCAGACUCUUACACUCAAACCCAUCCGUCCUAGGAAGUACCCCAACCGUCCCAGCAAAACUCCUGUUCAUGAACGGCCACACGCCUGUCCUGCGGAGAACUGUGACAGACGCUUCUCGCGCUCAGACGAGCUCACGCGUCACCUCCGCAUCCACACGGGUCACAAGCCCUUCCAGUGCAGAAUAUGCAUGAGGUCCUUCAGCCGGAGCGACCACCUCACCACACACAUCCGCACGCACACGGGUGAGAAACCCUUCUCUUGCGAGUUUUGUGGACGAAAAUUUGCCAGGAGUGACGAGCGAAAGAGACAUGCAAAGGUUCACCUGAAACAGAAGGACAAGAAGCAGGCGGACAAGAACAGCGGGGCGGCCGGGAGCCACAGCACGCCGCCAGGCUCCUGCGGGGGGCCAGCGGUGGGAGCAUCAUGACCAUCACUACAUGCACCUGGACUAGACCCUAGCCAGAGAUUAUACAGAGACUUGGGAAGUACAGAUCACAUUCACUAUGAAAUAAAUAGGUGAUUCUCUUCUUCUUUGUUUACACUCUGGCUCUUUUCAGUUCCUUCUAUUUUGAGAUGGACGUCUUUAGUUUAAGUCAGAGGGGAAGGGCUGCUUUCCUCUUGUCUUUUAAAAGCAAUUCAGAGCCUCAGCUACUGUAACAUAGUGUAAACACAGAUAUGGGCACUUCAGCACAUUCUGCCACAGAGGUCUUUGUGUAUCACUAGGUUCUGAGGUGGAUGUGUCAUUUUUACAGAAACUGUUUUUAUUGAAAGAAAGUCAGAAUGCAUGAGAGAGGCUGAAGAAAGGAGCUCAGUGAGAAGGUGUAUUGUCUGGGAUGUAUGCAUUAAUAUCAUUAGGCUGUUUAAAAGUGCAAUUGGUUAUAUUUGUGUAUCGUCAUGAUUCUCUUAAUGGUGGCCCGUGACUGUAUUUUUUUGUUGUUAUUUUUGUUCAAGUGUAGUGUGUUUUUUUUAUAUUUGAAUGUUUCUUUUGUUUUGUUGUUUUAUAAUUAUUAUUUUUUUAAAGAUUGUGCCAAAUGUUUUGCAGUGAUGCAGCCAAUGUUGUUCCUUAUAUUUGUUCCUGAUAUUUGCCAAACCCAGGAGUGGCAUCAGCUUAGCACAGCUGUGGAGACAAUAGAAAGAUCAGAUUCCACACACCAGAUUUAGAUGAAUCUGCACAAUUUGUUUGAAUCCAGGUUAUUCCAGAAUAGGUCACAUGAAGCAAAACCCAAUGUCUUGUCCUGUUACAUGCAGAAACAUGUCUGCAGCAACUGAUGCCUUUGCCAAUACUUAUUUAUUUUUAGUCACUGUGAGACACCCUGUGUGUUGUUUUUCUCCUUUUUAAAACGUGGUUUGACAUUGUGUUACCAAAUGUACUUUCUGUUGCUCUUUUUAUUUUUUAUAAAUGCUCAAUGAUACUGUUUAUUUUUCAUGACUUCUGCAAUAUGCAAUUGAGUACACAGACAUAUGCCACUCACACGCAAAUUAAAUCAACUAAGAGCACCGUUGUAGACAGACUGAACUAUUUAAUUAAAAAAUAGUGGGUUGCCAAUGAGACGUUAUAGAGAAGAUGAAUAUAGGCCGUGGCAUGUCUUCUCAUUUUGUAACGCUUAAACUACCAAAAGACGAGCAGAAAACGGUAAGAGACAAAUAAAAAAAAAAGAUCGAUGUUUACAUAUUUUUAAUUCAGAGACUGGACUGCAAAUGUACGUAUCCUUCUUUUUGUACAGUAUACAAAUAUGUAUGCAGGUAGCUAAAGUAGAAGUUUCACUUUUGUACUAAAAUGUCAAAUGCACCGCAGUUCAGUAUUAAAUUGUGCAUAAAAGUGCAUUCCUUCAUGCACACUAUGUAAAUACAAACGUCUGCAUUAACAAGAACUCUCAAUUGACUGAAUGCUUGUGCAGAAAGUGUCCUAAGACUUUCAGUAAAAUAUAAUAUUUUAUUGUCAAAAUGUUGUAGAUCCCUGCAAUAUAGUGCCAGAUAUGUUGUCCUAUCUUCCACUGGAAAAAAAAACCUCAGAAAGACAAAAAACAAAAGAAUGGCACCAUCUGUAUGCUUAACAAGGGAGACCAGUUAAAAACAGCACUAAUGUGUUCUUUGAAUAAACUGCUUUUUUUAUUUUGUGUAUCUCCAUUAAAGAAAUAUUGGUUAUUUUAAUUACCACAGCCUCUCAGCAGUAUAAAAACACUGGUUAUUUGUGAGACAUUUUCCUAAAUGACUGAACCUAUUCAUAAACAAAAUACAUUACGGAUCAUGCAAAUAAUUCUCACUAAUGACUCCUCACUUACUUUACUCAUUUUUAAACUGAAAGAAAAAGGUACUUCUUUUGUCUUUUAGCAAAACAUUUUGUGUGAGCUAUCAGUGACUUCACUAGGAUCCAAGUGUUUCAUUCCAUUAAUUAUUACAACAAAAGCAGAUUUGAUUUGAGAAAAUAAGUUAGUUUUACAGGAAAGACAGUUUGCCUUACUUUCACGGAGUUUAAACACUUAAAAUUGUUUUACAGGCUUAGUGACAGAAAUCAAAGGGCAUAUUUAUGCACUUCAAAGAUUGUUUUACACUAGUAAUUGGUGGAAAUCACUUUUAAAAAUUGUUAAAACUAUAAAUAAGAAAGGUAGGAAAUUCUGUGAUACACACAUUUGACAAGCAGCAAAGGAAUCACGAUAAAAGAAAAAUUGGUAGGACUAACUUUGUCAAACAGGAAGCAUGCUUCCUGACUUUUUUUUUUAAAGCCUGAAUCUUAAACUAUAUUUUCAAAUUUCAAAGAAAACAAGUCUUCUAAUUUUUUUUAUUCAACUGUUUUUGUUUUUUAUUUACAUAUUUUAUAAUCUCAUUUGUUGUACUUUUUCACAGAAGAAAACUGCUUAAAAAACAAACAUUGUACCCAUCAGCACACACAAUGACUGGGCUAAAGGAGUUUAGGAACUGACUAAUGCAAAGGUCAAAGGAAAAGUGCAGACAAACAGUACCACAGAGAACCCAGUGCAUGCCGUAAAGAGCUCUGAAGGCCAUCCUUUCUUUUUCCUGAAACAGUUUUCACUGCUCUGCUUCCUGGCAAGUAUCCAUUUAUUUUCCAAUUAAUUUGGCCUCAGAGGGUUUUUUUUUUUCUAAAUUCAUCUACAUGGUUAAAUGAACAGUCCUCCUUGCACUUGUGUGAAAAGUUCAAAAGUUCGGACUGCCCACAGCUGUAAAUCAAUAGGUGUGUAGCAUGGAAACCUAUAGUUCCAUUGCAUUGGUUGGACAUUGACAAAAUAAAGUUUCUCCUUCAGCAAUUGAAAAAUAAAACCUGACAAACUAACACAAGUCUACAGCACCAAGUAGUUUGACAAGUAUUUUUUCAUAAUAAAAUUGUUAUGGACCAUGUUGUAUCUGGCAACAAGCAAUAACCACAUAGGGAUCAGAAGACAAAGAAUGGACACAACAUAAAAGACAAUAAGAAAACAGAAGCCUUUCAUUAAUGCUAGUUAUUCGAUGUUAUGAGUACAGACUGAAGAUCAUUUAGACCUUAUUUUACUAAAAAUCUUUCUAUUAUGUAAGAGAACAUUAUGUUUCUGUUGCUUUGUGUUGAAAAAUGAUGAAAAGAUAGGUAGGGAUAAUAGCAAAAAUAUAUCAACAUCCAAAUGAAGCCAUGUAAUUACAAGUCCAGAAACAAUAUUUAAUCAACCCCACUGUGUCUGUUACACUUUUGUAUGUGUUUUUGUAAAUUUUGUAAAAUUUAUAUUAUCCCUCCACUACUUGCUUUCUCAAUAGGUUGGCUAUUAUAACACAGGCUGCACAAUUGUCUUCUGUAUACCAAUUAUUGUAAUAUGAGGAGGCUAUGAGUAUUCAUGAAAUAACUCAAAACAAACUAAUUUGAAUGUAAUUUCUUUCCACUAAUAAUUCAUUAUCUUAUGUGCUUAAUACCCUGCUGGCCAAAAGUAGGUGGCUGAAAGGUUUGCAGUUUGUGCCAACAGCAUCAGCCAUCAUUGCGCUGAACUGGGUUGCAGGGUUGGCUGAUCAAAAACAAUAAAUGACAACAACUCCAAAGGAGCAACAAAUAAACGUAACCCCUGUCUGCUUGUAGCUGAAGGCAACUUUGUGCUAAUAUUUGUGCAUUAAUGUUUGAUACAGAUUUUGUGAAAUUGGCCUUGUGCCAGGCACUGAGCUUUGCCUCACUUACAGCAAAAACUGAAAAAAACCAACAAAAACUAACAUGAUUUCAAUAACAUGUAGAUAAUAUUAUAGCAACUCAUGUCAUCUUAUGGACUACAGGGUGGCGUCAGGGAUUCAGCAGUGAAGCUGGUGUUAAAACAGAGUCGAUGCUCACUGUUUUCUGUUGUGCUGUGUUUCCUUUCAUUACCAAAAUAUCCUUAGGUUUGCAUGUGCACGGAAAGUGCCACCCACACUUUCUGGUGGUGGCACUCCCUUUUUUUAAAUUAUGCAUGAAAAAAGUCACAUGGGUAAAAAGGAACAAACCUAGCAACAAUGCAAGAUGGAUUACUGGAAACACAUUGGGAUAACUGUUCCGUUAGCUUUUUUGUUAAAGAAAAGGGGUCUUGUUCAAAGUGUUGUGGAUGUCUUUUGCCUAUUUAAUGUUUUAUUACCUUAUAAUAAGGUCAUUUUACGAGGAGCUGAAUAUUUAAAUUAAUUUUACUAUAUCUUUGUGAUAGGGAGAUGUGCUCCCCUGUUUACCUGGCACUUCAGUUUGUUGUAAUGCAAAUGUUUUGUUAUUUCUAUGUAAGUACUUGAAUAAAGAAAUAUAUAACUUGC